UCCCUCAAGUCUUUAUAAUAUCUGCAAUAUCUGCUCAUCUGAGAGAGAGAGAGAGAGAGAGAGAGAGAGAGAGAGAGAGAGAUGGUAGCUGGUACAUUGGAGGUCACGUUGGUUGAAGCGCGAAGCCUCAAGAACAUGGAUUUUAUUGUGAAGAUGAACCCUUAUGUUGUAAUUCAAUAUGGAAAUCAAAAGCAUACAAGCACCAUAGCCAAAGGACAAGGGACGAAGCCAGUUUGGAAUGAAAAAUUCAGAUUCGAUGCAGAGUAUUCUGAUGGCAAAGAUCACAAAUACAUGCUUUUGUUUCGUAUCAUGGACACUCAGAAACUCUUGGACCACGAUGUAUUUAUUGGCGAAUCAAAGAUGUAUGUGAAGGAUGUGAUAGCGUCGGGCACAGAGAAAGGAAAGGCUGAACUUGGAGUUGCGAAGUAUAGAGUUGUCCUUCAAGACAAGACUUUUGCUGGAGAGAUCUCUGUUGCUUUAGCUUUCACCUUAAAUUCUUAGGCAAAUUAUUCCUCCAAAUGUAAACAGUAGAAUCACGUGUGUAUGAGCCAGCUGUUGUUAGUUAUUAUUAAUUAUCAAAUAAAUAUAUAACUAGUGUUACUUGCUUUAUGGACACA